UACCAAAGACGAAGAAGAUACAAGAUGGACCCAGACAGAGAGCCCACACGUUGUUAUAACAGCGCUAGGAGGUUCCAGGAAAAUGGAUCACUUUUUAACGAGUUUAUCUGCCCCGAGUGGGACCAGCCUGAUGAGCUGGAGUAUUGCUGUGGACCAGAGCUGCAGCAGUACUGUUGUGGCUUCUGGGAUGAUGGUGGUCGAGUGGCAGGUGUUGUAAUAGGAAUAUUGAUUGCUGUAACUCUCGUCAUUGGAUGCAUUGCUUGCUGUUGUUGUCAGGCAAGGAAGAGGAGAGCUUCAUGUAAAUGUAAGUCCAGAAAUGAAACUACUGGUGCCCUUGUGUAAAAAUAUAAAUAUCAU